UGCGAAUGGCUCAUUUUUGCGUUACAAAGUGAGCUCCAGUUUGAUUUUUAUAAUUCCAAUACCGUUUGUCCGCGCUUGUCCGUAUUUGGAAAAAUCUAAUUGGGAAUUAUAAGGUUUCAUUUUGAACGGCAAAAUUUCGGAGUCAUUCAUUUAAUCAGUUUUUGUGAGAAUUGUUUUUGUCGUUUUUGUGCGUGUUUUUCUAUUCCCACAUCGAAGAAUCCCGAGCUCGCUUAUUGCGGUGUCGUGGAGCGCGGAAAGAGUGGUCAAGCAGCCAAAGUCCUGCUCCGAAAGUAAACAACGGUGACAGUGCCACUUGUGCGGUGGAGCAGCAUCCAGAAUCCUCCAUGAGCCGUUAAGUGUGUCGCCUCCGAGUCUACUGUUGUCCCAGGCCCCAGCAGCCAUAGCAGCAGCGGCAGGGUGGGAUGAGGGAUAAGCGGCCUUGUUUAUAGGCAGGUGCGCGUCCCCACGAUAUAGCAGCAGAAGCGAAGCAACAGAAGCAGCAUCCACAUAAUUUAAACCUCAAAGAAAAGUGAAAAACGGAAAAACAGAAAGAGACACGAGAAAACGCUUCGAUAAUUCGGUUCGUUCGGGUCCAGGAGAGCGGUGGAGCGUGGAUAACGGUGCACAGAGAGCGAGUGCUGUGUAUGUGUAAUCGUGUCCGUAUCAGUGUGUGUGUGUGUGUGCGUGUGGCAGCAUCCUGGAAAAGCAGAAGAGCGGAAAGCAGAGCAAAGCAAAAGCAACAUAAUCAAACAGAAAUAUAAAAACAGAGUUUUCCCCUAAACCCAACUCCUCUUCCAACCCUCCAACCCUCCAAGCCCCCAGUUCCCAACCAUCCAGCGUGCUGUCAACAAUUUCCCAAUUGUCGUCGUCCUCGUCCUCGUCCUCGUCGCCAUUGCUGUCGGAGCAGUCACCAUCAGAACAAUCAUGGAAUGCCGCUGAGGCCGACCCCAGGAGGACCACCAAAGCAGCAGCAGCAGCAGAGCAGAGCAGCCCUACCCCUCCUCCGCCUUCUCCCCUCCAGCAGUGCACUCAAUGCCAGGCGGCACAGCACAGGGCUUCGUCACUCACCAGCAGCAGCCAUAGAUAUUGCUAUAGAUACAGCUAAAUAUACAGAUACACACGCAACGGCCAUGUCCAGGUCCAUAUCUAUGUCCAGGCAGUGAUUAUCCCUCGCUGUGACCUAGAGAGGCCCCCCCCCCAAAUUCCCAGUGACAAUUAAGUAGAAUCAACAGAUCCCGACUUAGUCCCGAUCCAGACCCAGAUCCAGAAUCCUCCGCAGCACUUGGACUACCCCACAAACUGCAGUUCAGUUCCAGUCCCGGAAGAAGAAACGCAUCGAGAUGACCACUGACUUUCUGUUCCCCAAAAUAGCGGACUGCUCCUAUGUGUCCUGUUACUGCGAGGAGAACGUGUGGAAGCUCUGCGAGCAGGUGAAGCGGACGCGGCCCGAGGAGCUGGCCACAUGCUAUGCGGUUUUCGUGUCCAACGAGGGGCGCACGGUGCCGCUGUGGCGCCAGAAGGCCGGACGGGGCGACGAUCAAGUUGUGAUAUGGGACUACCAUGUAUUCUUCAUGCACAAUCCCUCGCCGAACCGCUGCCUGGUGUUCGAUCUGGACACCACGCUGCCCUUCCCCACAUACUUCCACAAGUACGUGACGGAGACUUUUCGCUCCGAUCUGGCCCUGCGACCGGAGCAUCACAGAUUCUUCAGGGUCAUACCCGCAGACACAUAUCUCAUUGAGUUCUCUUCGGACCGGCGGCACAUGCGACGGCCGGAUGGCAGCUGGAUCAAGCCGCCGCCCUCAUAUCCACCCAUUCUAUCAAACACCAAUAUGCACUGUCUAGGCGACUUUAUCUGCAUGGGGGCCGGCAAGGGCCCCGGCGCCGUCUACAGCCUCUCGGAGUUCGUGCACAACUUCUACAAGUCGCCCAAUAUGGUCGCGCAGCACAACAAGUAGAGGGGAUCCACAUCCACAUCCGCAUCCAGGCCCAAGCACCCACCAUCCAAGAAUCCAUGUCCCUUAGGAUCAUGUCGAGAUCUUUUUGUCUUUGUGGUGCAGUUGCUUGCCAUAUAGACACAUAAUUACCAAUUGCAUAUACACAUAUACAUAUAAACAUACAUAUACAUAUAUAUACACAUGAAUAUAUUUAUGAUAAUGUAUUUUUGUAUUCAGGUUAACAGAAGACAAGCCAAGCCAAGCCGCUCGCCGCGCUCUCGCUGUGCUCUUCAGAUCAUUUGUAUUGAAAUUCAAUUCUAAAGAAAUUAUAAAUCUAAUUAUACAUUUUUUAUUGUAUGUAUUGUAUUCGAUAAAACACUCGUAGAUAUAUCAUAUAUCAUAUACUAUAUACUGAUACGGAUCGGAUCUAGCUAAGGGCAGCCCAAGAAAUGCGAUUUUUAUUCGUUACUCUCUCGAAAUACUUUUUGUAACCUAAAACCUAAAACCAAAACCUAAUCGAAGGGAAACGCACCAAUUACGAGUAAAACUACUAUGACAUUUAUUAAACCAUUUAUGGCAUACAUUCAUGAAUAUCUAUAUCUAUAAAUAUAUAUGUAUAUGAUAUGGAUAUACCACGCUACGCUCUUGAUUCUGUAAUUCAAUUUUUGGCUAAGCUAAAAGCAACCUUAACGUUAACCUUAACCUUAACCCUAUCUCUAACUCGAACUCUACAUCUAAAAACCCAAAUCGUUGACUCGAAGCUAAAGCUUACUCGAAAGGAAUAAUUAAAUUAAUGCUUGUUAACUUGUUUUACCGUAUUUAUUGUACACUAAUUACGUACUCGUACAACAAUUAUAAUUGUAAUUCGUAUAUAUAUACACAUGUAUUGACUUUGUAUACAAGAAAACGUAACGUAACGAAACGAAAUGAAGCGAAACGGAGCAAAACCGGAGACUAUAUUGAUAAUAUGUAUGUUUGUAUCUAGCUAGUUUUUGUACGGUUUGUAUGCCCGAGGAUCCGCAGCAGAGUCCGCAUUAGCUUCCCCC